AUGAGACAAACUGAAUUUUCUCUUUUUUUAGAAAUUUGCCUGCUCACUAAUGCCAAGCGAGUGGCCAGCGUGCGCGCAGUCAUCUACUCAAAUCUCUACUCUCUGGACCGAGACAGUUUCGUUGCCGUGCUCAACAGCUAUCCCCUGAUGCGACGAACGAUGGAGUCAGUUGCAGCCGAACGGCUCAGUAAAAUUGGCCAAAACCCGGCAAUUGUGAGCUCACGUGAAGACCUAAAGGCGGAUUUGAGUUUGGUGAAGGAGAUAGUAAGCUCUGUGGUUACCACAGACGAGUCAGACACUUCAAGUGAUGGCAAAAACCCGGAUUUAAACAGCAAGGAGAAUGUGCCGAGUUCGCGAACAAAGCUGCGUUGGGUUAUUGGCAGGACCCGAAAAAGCAAAACCGGCACAACCUCAUCGGAAAAACUAGAAACUGUGGAGGAAGACAGUGGCAGUACGGAGAAGGAGGGUAUCAAUCGCUUUCUCACUGUUCCCAAGCCAGACGGACGCAAGCGUUCCAGCCAUCGCAGCUUGACACUGAGUAGCGUAUCAAAACUCUUCCAACGUGGUGGCGUUUUCGGCGAACAUACGGAUGACGAAAGCGAGGCAUACCUCUUCUGGGAUAGGGAGCGACAGAAGCGCCAUCGACGUUCUUAUCUGCCACAAACGCACUUAAGGCCAGAGGAAACCACACAGACCCCUGAUAUAGCCCCCAAGGGACGCACGUACAGCUGGUUUGCCCCUUCACGAAGUGCUGACGCAUGUUUCGAGAAGGAUAACAAUUCCAGAAAAGACAGUGGCACUCUGACGAUGUGCAAGUCUACACCUCUUUUCCCCGAGGCGGUGGUGACACCAACCUCAGAGCCAACUUCGCCGACGGGUGCGGCCUCAGCGGCUAUGCAGAUCGUCAAGGAAGCAUGA